GGAAUAAUUGGUUCUUUGUUCAAGCGGAAGUAAAACGUUCUCAACUUUGUGGUUUCGUUGUCACACUUCCUCUCUGCAGAAUGAAGCCGUGUGUCGUGCUUCUCUUUGCCGUUUUUCUGCUGACAUUAUGUGAAACACAAGGAAUCAUUGUGACUCCUGUGUUUGUGCUGAAGGGACGUGAUCUGCUCCUGAAGUUUGAUGCUGAUCUUCCUGAGAAGUUUUCAUUUGUUGACUGGAAAUUCAAUAAAACAGUCACUUUAGUAAGAUUUGAAUCCAGUGGGGAACCAAAUGUCCUUCAUAAUUCCACUGGAGGGUUUGAGUUUCCUGUGAAAAUCUUCUCUGUGACAUUGAAGAAUCUACAAGAGGCCGACAGUGGAGUUUAUACAGUUUCAGCAGUAACAAGUAAAGGAGACAAACUAGUAGCUGAAUACAAGGUCACAGUUCAAGGACCAGUGUCUCCAGUUGAACUGAUCGUGGACCGAGUGGACUCCAGCAGCUCAGAGUCAUGUGACCUCCAUGUGACCUGCAGGACUCACAACUCAAACAUCAGCAGCACUUUCAGAUGUGACGACCGGGUCUGCAGUGAGGGGGGACAGCGAUCAGAGGUCACGACCUCUGGGGCUUCUCUCCAGGUCUACCUGUUGAACAGCACCAUCAUCUGUAACCAUAGCAACCAGGUUCACUGGACCCAGAACUUUAACACGACUGAACAUCUUUGCCCCUCAAAUGAUCCUCCCUUUCACUCCGGCUGGAUGAUUGCUAUAAUUCUCAUUGUCGUCGUAAUUGUGGUUCUAUUCGUCUUGCUUCAAAGGAGAAGAAUCUGUCCAAGUCCAACAGAUUCAAGACAGAUCGUCAAAAAUACAGUUCAAACAGUUCAAGUUCCUCAGGAAGUAACAUCAGCAUCACCUCAGAAUGAGAACUCCAUCUACGACAAGGUGGAUUAUCCUGAUGGACCGGAGGGUCACUACGAUACAGUCGAGAAUCUUCACGGGUCCUCCAACGAUUAAAGAGGAAUGUUUUCCCAAAUCCUGGAAUCCUGCCUGAAGUUUUCAGUGUUAUUGAAGCUUUCUGUGUAUUAAUUCAUAUGAUUUGCUUGUUGUCCUGCAGGAAGCCUCAUCUUUGGUUUUUGGUUUGAUUCUUCAUGUCACCUUUCAUCUGAUCAUUUCGUCAAAAGCAACGAUUUACACUUUAGACUUUUAAGGCCUCAUCUGAUUGGUGAGAUUUAAGAUGCAUGAUGCAGGAUGCUUCUAUUUUAUUUGUAUUUUUUUUUUGACAAAAAAGGAAUGAAAUGUUUUUCAACUUUGA